AUGUACGUCUGGGAAGGAGUUUCGGUCGAAUUCCCUGAUGAAUUAAAAGGUAUAGAACUCGAAAUGGGUAUCGACGAAGCUGGAAGAGGACCUGCUCUUGGUCCUAUGGUUUAUUCAGGCGCAAUUGCACCAAAUAAAUAUGAAUGGCCAAAAGAUGUUGAUGAUUCAAAGAAAUUAACAGCAGAACAACGUGAAGAAAUCUUUGACGAAAUCAAAAAAUUACCAGUUGGCUUCGCAGUAAGAGUAAUUUCUGCAGAAGAAAUUUCAGCCAAACAAACAGCAUUAGUAAACCCACCAAUUUCGCUUAAUACAGUGAGCCAUCAUGCAGCAAGAGAUCUUGUCCAAGCUUUCUUGGAUAAAGGUCUUAAUAUCAAAGCAUUAUACGUCGAUACAGUUGGAAUUGCCGAAUCAUAUCAGGAUUGGCUACAAGAUAAGUUCCCGAACAUUAAAGUUACAGUCAGAGCAAAGGCAGAUGCAACAUAUAAAGUCGUUGGAGCAGCAUCUAUCUGCGCCAAGGUUACAAGAGAUCGCUUAUUAGCUGAUUUUAAGUUUGAAGAACCAGGAUUAGAGAUUUCACAUGAUUGGGGCUCUGGAUAUCCAUCAGAUCCGAAAACAUCGAAUUGGCUUGAAACAAACUUUGAUCCUGUAUUUGGCUAUCCAUCUGUAGCACGUUUUGAUUGGAAACCAAUCAAAAUGAUGUUUGAAAACAAUAAAAUGACUGCAGAUUUUGAACUUCCUGAUCCUCACAUUCUAGAUUCACCAUUCUUUGCUACUCGUGGACUUAAGCAAUUUCAUGCUUCAUCAAAAUAG